UUGGAGACCGGCACAAGGACUGGGAGGGUCUGUUGCAGAGCAAAGGCUGCACAUGAAUCCGAAGGGUACUUGUCUGGGGAUGGACUGGAUACCAGCUGCACCUUAGAUCUCAUCCCUCUGGGUGCCCAGCCAGCCUAGGGCCCUCACCACCACCACCACCACCGCAGUGAACACAAGAAUAUUGGCCAAAAGGACCUUUGCUAAUACAACAGCUCUAAAUUCUGCUGGAUGGGCUCAGAAGAUGACGAGACAAAGUGGUCCGUGGCUCAGUGGACAGUGUUGGAGGUGUGUGCCUGGCUGGACAGCAGAGCCUUGGGGGCUCAUGGGGCCCCCCUGCUGGAGGCAGCAAGCAACCACGCCAUCUCUGGCAAGGCACUGCUGCGGCUGACAGAAGAGAAGAUGAAGCGCAUGGGGAUAGUGCCACAGAGCCUACGUCAGCUGCUGCUGCGUGAAGUCCUCUGUCUCCGCAUUCAGCAGGAAAUGGAAGACUUGCUGGUCAUUACAGAUGGGAGUGACUCAAAACAGUCUGCAGCUGAAUGAGCAGCAUUGGAGAGAGCAGGCAGUUCAGCUUAUGAGGUGCCAAGUUGUGGAUCCAAGCAUCGAUGCCAUGCAAGGGAUUAAAGACUAUUGGGGGGUGGGGGGUGGAAGCUGCUGGACUUCAGACCUCAUCUAACAAUGCCUCCAUUACCAAGAAACAGGGAUUUUCUCAAGGAAGGGUUCUCUUGCAUUGUUUGAGGAAGCUAUACCUCAUGCUGCUACAUAAAAUGGGUUUUGAUGACUUGAAAAUAUAUGCCAUUCCUGUUCGAGCUUUCAAGCAUCUAUAGGAUUUCUGUGGGUAGGGUAAUCUCUCAGUGGUUUUUGAGACAAUUGAUCAAGGUAUCAUCCUUCUAGACCACAUUUCCAAGCUAGGAUUGGGAGCCGUCAUUUGGCAGUGAUAGUUUUCAAAAGGUAGUGCUGGUACUCCUUGCAUUUUGCCUCUGUUGUAAGAGUUAGUUUCUAGCCCUUCCCAUUGCAGAGAUGAGGGGCUCAAAAAGGCUAAAAACAGACUUAUGAGAAUAAAGACUUCAGAAUCAUCCAGGCCAACACUCUUGUGUCACACAGUGGCCAAAACCCAGGU